GGUUAUAAUCACUUCCACUCCUUGUCUGCACCGCCUCCAGGAACUGGAGCAGAAGGAGGCACCAGAAAAAGAGAGGGGAAAUAGUCUCUAUGAGAGUCUAUAAAGUGUAGAGGAAUGUCCUGGGGACCCACAAUAAUUAGGGUAUAACAUCUGCAACCCCCAACUCUUGACAAUACAGCUUCAUCUGGGGUGAAAGACUGGACUUUGCUCCCCCUCUCCCUCCCUUAGUCUGUGAGUUUUGCUGGCAGUGCCAAGCAGGGUGCUGGGUCCGUCAUCACUGUCACCCAUGCCUGGGGCAGCAUGGCUAUGCCGAGUAAAAGCGCAAGGUGGUUGCAGGAGGAGCUGCUGUCCGGAGGUAGAUCUUUGCUGCUGCUGGACUGUCGCCCCCAGGAGCGGUACCAAGUGUCCCAUAUUGAGAUGGCCAUCAGUGUGACUAUCCCGAGCCUCAUGCUGAGAAGACUGAAAAAGGGCAACUUGUCCAUCCGUUCAGUCAUCCCUAAUGACCGGGACAAGGAGCGAUUUGCCCGGCGCUGCCCGGCCGAUACGGUGCUGCUCUACGAUGAGGCCACGCUGGAUUGGCAGGAGAAGCACGUGUCCGGCUCGGUACUGGGCUUACUCCUUCACAAGCUACGAGAGGAUGGCUGCCAAGCCUACUAUCUGAGAGGUGGUUAUAAUAAAUUUCAGUUGGAAUAUCCAGAACAUUGUGAGCCCGGCCUUGACAAUGCUAGCCCCAGUGAAACGUUACCAGCACCAGUUCUUGGAUUAGGAGGGCUAAGGAUUAGUUCUGAUUGUUCUGAUGGCGAAUCAGACAGAGAACCAAGCAGUGCUACUGAACCGGAAGAGAGUCCCAUCCUCAUGAACCAUUCAACUUUCCCAGUCCAGAUACUGCCUUAUUUGUACCUUGGCUGCGCAAAAGAUUCCUCAAACUUGGACACAUUGGCUAAAUAUAAUAUCAAAUACAUCCUCAAUGUGACUCCUAACUUGCCAAACAUGUUUGAACAUAACGGAGAAUUCAAAUACAAACAGAUCCCCAUCUCUGAUCACUGGAGUCAAAAUCUUUCACAAUUUUUUCCCGAGGCAAUUUCAUUUAUUGACGAGGCUCGUUCAAAUAAAUGUGGAAUUUUGGUUCAUUGUUUAGCAGGCAUCAGUAGAUCUGUAACGGUCACUGUUGCUUAUCUUAUGCAGAAGCUUAACCUGUCCCUCAAUGAUGCCUAUGAUUUUGUGAAAAGGAAAAAGUCAAAUAUUUCUCCUAAUUUUAACUUCAUGGGACAACUGUUAGAUUUUGAAAGAACUCUUGGAUUAAAAAGUCCUUGUGAGAUCCGAUCUCCAGCCAACCAGCUGUACUUUACCACGCCAACCAGUCAUAACCUAUUUCAACUCGAUAGCUUGGAAUUAACAUGAUCUGAGGUGUAGGUAUUAAAACAGUGAAUCAAGUGUUUUAUUGUAAAUUCUGAACCUAUGAAAGAUGAAUGAUACUUUGCAAUCAUGAAUGAAAUGCCUGAAUGGAAGGUAUAUUAUUUGCCACUAUGAAAAUGUUUCCUCAAUAAUGGAUCAAAGACCUGUUUCAGAUAUUGCAAUGGACAUAUCUACAAUUGCCAAAAAAAAAAAACAUUCUACCUUCAGCUGAAAUCAAGUCUAAUAAUCAUAAAUCCAUACCAGCUUAUUAUUUUAUUCAUGAUGGCUUAUUUACUAGAGCAGAAUCGCAGUAUUUUUUUCAAGAGAUAGUUUUGGCUUCUGCAUAGACAAUAAAAAUCAGGCACGUCUCCAAACAGCAAAAAUACAUGAUGAAUUUUAAACAGAAAGUUGAACAGCAGAGCAUAGAGAACUGUCUUUAUGCUGCAUUAACAUUUUUUAAAAGCAGAUAAGCGGUUAUUUUUAUAAUAAUAUUUUCUUAUAAUUCUUCACUUUGCUCUAUUUGUUGCAUUGAGUCAGGGAAAGUAAAAAAAAUAGAAUGGUGCAAGGUUUACACCACUAAAA